AUGAGUGGUGCUACUUCAGUUGAGGAGGCUACCCCAAGACGCGGCUCUUAUGUUCCAGUGGAAUUCACUGAAGAAAUCGAAAAACAAUGUUUGAAACAAGUUGAGUUCUAUUUCUCUGAAUUUAACCUUCCUUACGACAAAUUCCUUCGUACCACAGCGGAGAAAAACGAAGGAUGGGUCCCCAUUUCGACCAUCGCUACUUUCAACAGAAUGAAAAAGUUCCGUCCUGUUGACAAAGUCGUGGACACAUUGCGUAGCUCGAAAAUUCUCGAAGUUAGUGAAGAUGGCGAGAACGUCAAGAGACGUGAACCAUUAGAUCUACAAACGGAUGCCAGACGCGAAAGAGGUAAAAGAACUGUAGCUGUUAUGAACUUCGACUUUACUAAGAGCGGUGACCAAAAAAUGAGUGAACAAGAGAAAACUGACCUGCAAGAAAAUGUGGAACAAUUCUUCAGCAAAUUGGGGUCCAUCAGCCAAGCGCGUUUGAAGAAAGACCACCGUAAAAACUUCAACGGGACUGUGAUUGUCGAGUUUGCAGACGAGAAAAGCGCACAAGAAUUUACUGAAUCCUACGGCCCUGACAAGGAGGUACUAUCAUAUGAAGGGCGCAAAUUGGAUGUAGUUUCUAAAAAACAGUAUGAUCAACAACGCGAGGCCACGCGCAGUAAGAACUUCAGCGGCUCUGGCCAGCGUUCUCGUUCUUUCACUGGUCACAGAAAAAACAUGCCAAAAAAAAUCAGAGACGAAGCCAAGGCUAAGGCUGCUGAGAGUAAACCGGCAGUGGAAGACAAAUCAGAAGUGCCUGCACAAAACGUCGCAGAGCCAUCCGCAUCUGAAUCUGCAGUAGAGUAG